GCUAACCCUAUUUGAUGAUGCAAUGGGCGGCUCUGACGCUCUCAGCUGUGAGAGGCAUCUAAGAGGACGCAACAUUCUGGCCUCUAGGUGGUGUUUUCCUCUGAUGCCAGUGUGGGAGUCUCCCAGCCAGAGAUCCGACUGCCAGCUGAACAGGAUGCUGAUGUGAUAUCCAUGAUGGAGACUGGGGCUUGAUAUCUGGAUCUGGAAACUGAUCAACAAUGGAGCGGCUGGUUCUGUGUGUGCUGCUGUGUGGGGUGUUGGUGAAGGGAUACAGCUGUCCAGGCCGCUGCAUCUGCCAGCACCUCUCCCCGACUCUGACCCUGCUCUGCGCCAAAACCGGCCUGCUGUUCGUGCCCCCCACCAUCGACCGCAAAACCGUGGAGCUGCGCCUCACCGACAACUUCAUCACGGUCAUCCGCAAGAAAGACUUUUUCAACAUGAGCAGCCUGGUCCACCUCACUUUGUCGCGCAACACCAUCAGCCAGAUCACACCCCACGCCUUCGUCGACCUGCGAUCCCUCCGGGCCCUCCACAUGGACGGCAACCGUCUCAGCGUCAUCAAGACUGACCAUUUCAAGGGCCUGGCCAACCUGCGCCACCUCAUCCUGGGGAACAACCAGAUCCACCAUGUGGCCCCCACCUCCUUUGAUGUGUUUGUGUCCACCAUUGAGGACCUGGACCUGUCCAAUAACAACCUGAGGAGCCUGCCCUGGGACGCCAUAGCUAGGAUGACCAACAUAAAUACGCUAACGCUGGACCACAACCUGAUCGACCACAUCGGAGCUGGGACUUUCACUCUGCUCACCAAGCUGGUCCGUCUGGACAUGACCUCCAACAGGCUACAGAAGCUGCCACCAGACAGCCUUUUCCAGCACGCCCAGGUUCUCUCUGAUGCCAAGGGCUCCAACCCGUCCUCCUUGGCAGUGAGUUUUGGAGGCAACCCGCUCCACUGCAACUGCGAGCUGCUGUGGCUCCGCAGGCUGACAAGGGAGGACGACCUUGAGACCUGCGCCUCACCCGAGCACCUCAUGGACAAGUACUUUUGGUCCAUUCAAGAGGAAGAGUUCAUCUGCGAGCCGCCGCUGAUCACCAAACACCUUUCCACCAAGCCAUACGUGAUGGAGGGCCAGGGCGUCACACUCAAAUGCAAAGCUAUGGGGGACCCAGACCCGGAGAUCCACUGGCGCUCUCCAGAUGGCAAACUGGUGCACAACAACUCCCGCACCAUCCUGUAUGAUAACGGCACGCUUGACAUUCUCAUCACCACACUGAAGGACAGUGGGGCAUUCAACUGCGUGGCCUCCAAUGCCGCAGGCAUCGCCACGGCUGCCGUCGAGAUCAACAUGAUCCCGCUGCCGCUGUUUGUAAACAACACGGGCCACAUGCGCGAAGACCCUGGCCUCUCAGACAUAACCACCUCCUCCAAGUCUGGCAAUGACACCAAGGGCCAUGACAAACAGGACAAGAGGGUGGUGGUCACCGAGCUGACCUCUUCCUCUGCUGUGAUCCGCUGGCCGUCUGAGCGCCACAUCCCGGGCAUCAGGAUGUACCAGAUACAGUACAACAGCACCGCAGAUGACACCUUGGUCUAUAGAAUGAUACCGUCGACCAGUAAGACCUUCUCGAUCAAUGACCUGGCCGCGGGGCGGGAGUACGACCUGUGCGUGUUGGCCGUGUACGACGACGGCAUCACCUCGUUAACCGCCACGCGUGUGGUUGGCUGUGUGCAGUUCCACACGGCCAGCGAGGUCAGCCAGUGCCGCUUCAUGCACAGCCAGUUCCUGGGUGGCACCAUGAUCAUCAUCAUCGGCGGCAUAAUUGUCGCAUCUGUGCUCGUGUUCAUCAUCAUCCUCAUGAUCCGUUACAAGGCCUACAGCAGCCCAGAGGAGAGCAAAGCCAAGGUCAGCUCCAGCAUGCACUCCCAGACCAACGGCAGCCAGCACAGGCUCCAGCACUCAGCCUCCAAGCAGCCGUCCGAGGAUGGGUCCCACGAGGCCCAGCAGGCACCGAAGGAGUGCAUGGCACUGGUGCUGAGGGUGGACAAUGAGAAGAAGGAGGACCCAGCGGCCACCACCGCCAUUUUGGAGGUGGGGCUGCCUCCGUCGACCACCGACAAGUUGAAGAGAAGAACCAGCCUGGAUGCCCAGCGCUCCGGCCCCCCGUCCGAGGAGACGCAGACGGACAGUAGCCUAACAGGGUCCACCAUGUCCCUGUGUCUCAUUGGCCCCAACGCUGGCACCAAGGAAGCUCCGAGGCUGAAGGACAAGAAGAGCGCCCUGGCCAACAUGGGGCUGCUCCCCAAUGAGCUGGCACGAACUAGGCACAGGUUCUCCUUUGACGGAGGGGAUUACUCCAUAUUUCAGAGUCAUAGUUACCCACGCAGAGCGAGGACGAGGUGGCAUAAGUCCACCAACCAGCUCAACGUGGAGUCUUCGCCGCUCGCCAACCGGAGAGUUACAUUCAGCAGCACUGAGUGGAUGCUGGAGAGUACGGUCUGAGCUAAACACAGGCUAGCCUCUAUGGCUUUAUCACUCAGCUACAACACACACACAUGGAAACACAGACCCACAUUCAUACACACACACACAGACACAAAAUGUGAACCCCACAUCUGUCUACAUUACGUAUAAACAAACA